ACUAACACCAAUGAAAAUUAAUAUUUGUAAAUUCAUCUUCUAAAGGUGGUUAUGUGUUAGUAACAAACAGCGUAGAAAAACAAAAAAAAAACGAGAAUGUCAUUUCAAUUUUUGAAAUUUUCUUAUGGGAAAUUUUGCAAAAUAAUGAAACAAUUAUAGUGAACUCUGACUAGCAAAAUGCAAAAGUUGCAGUUAACUUUAGCUAUUAUAAAACCCCACGCUGUGAAGAACCCAGUAGCCCUUUCAUACAUUAGAAAUGUAAUAAAAAAUAGAUUCGUUGUGGUGAAAACGAAAAGGGUUAAUUUAGAUUUAGAAAGUGCUGGCAAUUUUUACAAGGAACAUGCUGGGAAGUUCUUUUAUAACAGACUAGUAACGUUUAUGACGAGUGGCAGCAUAGAUCUUCAUGUAAUAGGGCAUGCAAACGGGAUAGAACUGUGGCGACGGAUGCUAGGCCCCACCAGCGUGUACAAGGCGCAGUUCCAAAAUCCUUACUGUCUAAGAGGGAUGUUUGGUAUUUCUGAUACUAGAAAUGUGGCUCAUGGAUCAGAUUCCAAUGAUUCAGCACAAAGGGAAAUCAAGUUUUUCUUCCCAGACUUCUCUUUCUACAAGUGGCAUACCAAUGAUGAAGAAAGAUACAGGAAGGGCCCCAUCAUAUUCAAUGAGUUUUUGUUCCAACAUGUUAGAAAAUUAUAGUAAAAUUUAGCUUCAAGCACAAAGUACCUGACUCAUUCAAUUAUUAGACUAUGUAUUCAAUUCAAAACAAGUUAUAGCUAGUACUUAGACAAUAGAAAUAUAAUUUC